GGAAAUGCGUAUGCGGAACUCAGUUGUAAACAAAAACGGAAAACCACUACAUUCUUUUUUUUGGUGCCAAAACGUACACAAGGAGGAGAUUUUUCUCGUUGACAGCAGUAUAUUUAGGGUUGCUGAUGGGUGGCAGGAUUUAAUGACGUAUCCACGUAUCACCAUAGAAAGAGUUGUUUUGUUUGGUGUUUUGGGCCAAAAGAACCAAUUGCAGCCAACAUGUCAAGAAAGCAGACACCAAAACCUGUGAGGAGCAAUAAAAAGAGUGAACUGGAACGCAAGAGGGAUGACCGGGCAGCUCGGCGGGCCAUUGUGAAAGACCGCAAAAACAAGCCCCAGGAAGGCGACGAAGGUGCAGAGUUUGUCAGCUUCUCUAAUCAGCUCCAGGCGCUGGGUCUCAAGCUGAGAGAGGUCCCUGGAGAUGGGAACUGUUUGUUCAGAGCCCUUGGUGACCAGUUGGAGGGUCACUCUCGUGGUCACCUGCGGCUCCGCCAGGAGACCGUCCAGUAUAUGAUGUCUCAUCGACAGGACUUUGAGCCUUUUGUCGAGGACGAAGUUCCCUUUGCGCAACACUUGUCAAACCUUUCCCAGCCUGGUACGUUUGCUGGGAAUGACGCCAUCGUGGCUUUUGCUCGCAGCCAACAGGUGAAAGUGGUCAUCCAUCAGCUGAACACGCCGCUGUGGGAGAUAAACGGCGCGGAGAAGCAGGUGUGCAGAGAGCUCCACAUCGCCUACCGUUAUGGAGAUCACUACGACAGCGUGAGGCGGAUCGGAGACAACUCUGAGACUCCUGCUCAGCUCCGCAUAGAAAAUCUGCAGAAUUCGCACGGCCAUCAGCGUGAGUUUGGAGACGGCCAGCGGGAAAGACAGAAAAAAUCCUCUCCAACAUCGUCCGAAGAGGAGAACGUCAUCUUGAGCUCCAUCAAGAAUCGAGGAAUCCAGGGUGAUGAGGAAAACCUGCUCCAGCUGAGUGCAGCAACAAUAAAUGCUGAAUGGCUGGUUGGCUCCUUCCUUGGCCAGCCGUGCCAGGGCCACUGCUCCUCGGGAUCCUGCUCAUCCUGCAGAGGCUCAGACUGCAGCGAACACAAGCAGCCAGCAGAGGGCAGUAACGCACAGAAACUAAAGGUGUCGAACAAGCAGAGGAAAGAGCAGCAGCGGCAAGAGAAGAAGAAGCGUCAGGAGGAGAGGCAUCGGCAGAAGUUUCUCCAGAGUAAAGGAGGCUAUGACCAGAACCAGAACCUGCCAGAGGCUGUGACUUUAGUACCAGCUCUCAACACCCUCAGUAUAUAGACUGGAGCAUGGCCAAAAUUCCUUCACUCCUACUUUAGCUAACGGUGGCUGUCCACAAAGUUUUGCACAUAGUCGACAUCGAGUGAUUCUAUCGCAGAAAACUUUUCCUAAAGAGAGUCCUAUAGUUUCUUCGCAAAGAGUACAACUGUGCCUGCAAACGUGUGAAUGCGGUGUGUGUUGUCAGAGACAGAGAAAUGAACCCACCUUCAGUAUUCCCGAUGGAUUUCCGCUCGGUUGGGUUCCUGGUUUGUGUGUGUAGAAACUCCCGGACGUGGUCGACCUCCUGCGCUUCCCAGCUCCUUUCUGUGCCGGACACCUGGCUUUCCAUGACAACCAUGCAGAUAAUCUUGCGCGAUCAAACUUUUUUUGAUUUGCCACAGAUUGAAUUCACAUUAUUUCCGAUUUUUCUGUGAUCAAAGAGGAACAGCGAUGAUUGUUACGGUCACUGUGUCACGUGGCGAAUCACAAUAAUAAAGUACUGUUUUUUCUCUGAGCCAGAGAGCAUCUCACAAAUGAUCAGGUGCAACGUGUUUGAAGGCUUGUGUGUUUCAUGAGUGUAAAAUCAUUACAGAGCAACUUCAUCUUGUGAAGAAUUUCUUUCAGAAAAAGG